AUGUCAACUGAACUUCCCUCCCCCGAAGUCCGGGCCACCAUCAUCGAACGGCUCUCCGAGCUCAUCAUCGCCAUCGAGGCCCACCCGGCCUGGAACCCUGAGAACCCCCACCGUGGGCUCUUUCACGUCUGGGACUUUGUCAGCAGGUCUCGGUAUAUCAUGACCGAACUCGACCACAUCCGGGAUGGCGAGCCCGUGCAAUACCCGGAGCAGAUCCGGCAGCAAUCUGGUCUGUCAACCGGCCCCGCCGCUGCCGCCGAAUCAUUUGCCGAUGUCUGCGGCCGAGCCGUCACCGUCAAUGAGUUGGUCAGCACCCCGCGUCUCCUGACCAUGAUGGGUCUUCCUCAGGUCGAUUACGGCAGCGAUGUCACCUCCAAAUCCCAGGCCGUUGUUGAAGUCGUCAAUCAGGCCAGGUAG